GUUAACCGCCGAAACGUCCACUUUGAGAUCCCGUGGUGCGGAGCAUGCAGUUCGAAGGCGCGGGCAUCACGCUCGAGCGCAAUGUGAUUGCGAUGCUCUCCGAGUGCGGCGACAUCCCGCCCAUGUACGAGGACCCGGACUUUGCCGCGCGCGCCGUGAGUCUCUUCAAGAACGCGGAUGCGCCCCCCGAGUACGCGACGUCGUCCAAGAAAGGCGACGACGGCAUGCCCGUGCCGUGGUACCGCCCCAACCAAGUGUGCGUCGAGCCCGACUACUUUAAGAGCACGGCGGGUUGCGGCACGCUGCGUGAAAGCUCGGGGCUCAACGACGCGUGGCUCCUCGGCGUCUUUGCCGCCCUCGCCCUCCACCCGGACAACUUGAUUGAGAACCUCUUUGUGUCUCAAAUGCACGACUUCAAGACGUAUGGCAUCUACACGUGCCAGUUCUACAAGGACUGCCAGUGGCUUGAGGUCGUCACCGACACGCGACUGCCCUACUCGCAGUCGGUGACCGAAGCCAACGACCCACGCCUCGCGCCGCCGGUCGUGCAACCCGGCCAUUGGCUCUACGGCAGCAGCCUCAAUAAGAACGAAGUGUUUAUCCCGCUCUUGGAGAAGGCGUACGCCAAGUUUCACGGCAACUACGAGGUGCUCCACGACGGCAACAUCGUCGAGGCAUUCAUCGAUUGCACGGGCGGCAGCGUCAAGAAGAUCGAUCUGAGCUCCGACGCGACACGGAAAACGCUUGUCGAGACCGGACUUUUGUGGGCCAAACUGCUCAAGCACCACAGUGCGUAUAAGAGCGUUCUGAGCUGCCAGCUCAAGAUGGCGUCCAUGGCCUAUAACGACGUGACGACUGCUGGUAUUCUAAAGAACCGGUUGUAUGUGAUCAUGCACCUCAAGGAACUCGGGUCGCUUCGCUUCGUCAAGAUCAAAAACGUCUGGCAGCGCGGGUCCUGGAAGGGCGACUGGUCCAACGACGACGGCAAAUGGGAGGACAACCUCCAAGUCGAGGCGGCGCUCCGCGCCGACGCAGCCUGCGACUUUAACCGGACCAAGAACGACGGCACGUUCUGGAUGGUGUGGGAAGACUUUGUCGAGGCGUUCAACGAAGUGUACAUCACGCGCAUCUUCCCGUCCAGCACGUGCCAGUACUGCGUGCGCGGCGAGUGGAUCGGCCCGGCGGCGGCGGGCCCACCCACAAAGCCAGCGACCGAGAACCCUACUGGCCACGAGACCAACGAGGAGCACGCCAAGGGCCCCACUCCUCGGACGUGGACCGUCCAAGGCGAGACAGACCCGUCGUGGUUUCGCAACCCGCAGUAUCGACUGGUCGUGGAAGACAAGUGCACGGUUCUUCUCUCGCUUCUCCAGCGCGACUUUCGCGUCUUUGGCGGCGAUAACUUUGCCGUCAACUUUGUCGUCCUCGAAGUGUCGAAGAAGGCACUCCACGCCUCGAUCGUGUGGGAGUACGACAAGGCGCGCGUCGUGGCCGAGGCGCACAGCUACCCGCCCCACGACGCCCCCAAGGCCGCACAGCCCAGUGGAUCGAACGCACACCCUGAGCGCGAAAUCUCCAAAGGCAAUGUGGUGCUCGAGCCAGGCCGAGCGUAUAUUGUCGUGCCCUACACGGACCACGCCGGCGUCGACAUGGAGUUCUUCCUCCGCGUCUUUAGCUCGAAAGCCGUCCAGAUUGACGCCCUUCGCUCGCUGCACGCGCUCGCGGUGCACGGCAAGUGGCGCGCGGCAGACGACGGCGGCAACGGCAACACGAGCACCGCCGGUGGCCCGCUCUGUCUCAGCCAAGGCGUGACGGGCCCCGAGAAUUUGAGCUGGUGCCAGAACCCGCAGUUUCUCUUGCGCAUGGCGCCCAAAGCUGCGGACGCCAAGCGCCCGGUCACGAUCAAGAUCGUCGCCAAGCAAACGUCCUACAAGGUGUCGACCAAAGGCCGUCGGGACGCGCAAAAGGACAAGGCGCACGCCCUCGGACUCACGGUCGUCCGGCCCGACGUCGUCGUCGACGACACGGCGACGACCAAGAAGCGGGUCAAAGCCGAGAAGGUCGACUUUCUCGGCGAGACCAAAGGUCCAAGCCGCGCUCAGAAAGCCCCGCCGAUUCCAGAGCGGAAGCUGCUCGUCAAGGCGGACGAGUGGUGCACGAUCUCGGACCAUGCGAGUCCGUUGAUUGCGACGUUGUUUCUUCGCAAAGUCAACCCGGACUGGCUCGUCCACGGUCUCUGGGUCGUGCCAUCGCUCGGCGAGCCGCUCAUGGAAGGCACGUUUGAGAUUGAAGUGCACAGCGACGACGUCGUGACACUCGACGAGGUGCCCAGCGUCAUGGCCAAGACCAUCGCGGGCGAGUGGACCGAACGCAAGAACACGGUGGGCGGCGCGCACUUGAACCCGGACUGGAAGAAAAACCCCAAGUUUUACUUGACGCUCCAGUGCGUCCGCCCGGCCAACGUCGUGAUUCACUUGCUCCGGUCCGAGCACGAGUGGCGCGCGAAAUGCAAGAAGGACUCGGUCGGCACCAUGAUGGGUUUCUAUCUCUUUCAAGGCGCCAAGAUCCAACGCGACGCCUCGAGCGUCACGGUCGACGGGCGCAUGUGGACGGAAACGGACUUCGUGCCGAUGCACAGUGUCGCGUCACCGCCGCUGAGUCUCCCCGCGCUCUUCAACGAGUCGUACGUCAUCAUGCCGACGACAUGGGAGCCCAACCGGUGUGGCCGGUUCCUCCUCUCUGUCACGGCCGACUGCGACUUCACGCUCCUCGGCGACGACGACGCGUAGUGCAUCUUGAACAAACAUCGGUUUACAUGACUCAUC